CAUUGCAUUUUUUUGGGCUAAUGCCAGUGUCUUUUGCCACGCACUCGCGUAGCAACAAUCGUCCAGCCAGCACCAGCAACCAGCACGCAAACAAUAUUCGGAUGACCAAUUAAAAAAAAAUAGUUUAAACUACACACACACACACAACAUUGUUUAUCCAAAGGCAAUUGCCAACUCCGGAAUUGCAAAAAUAAAGUGACGAUGUGUGAGUAGUUUGCAACAAGUAAAAGUAAUCAUAUUCCAGGACAAACAACCGACCCAUAAAAUUCAACCACCUGCCCAUUAAUUCCUCCCACACUAAAGACGACCUUGGCCUAGUUUGUUACAAAGUGGAAAAAAAAAAAAGGAGAAAGAGCCGCGCACAGCAACAGCCACUCAGGGCUAAUUGCAUUUCGGUAGCUGCAUAUGGUCGAGGAAGUUGGCUGCCUCAGACAAACUGGCAUUGUGUUAGCCAUGCCCAGUCAAUCGGUUGUAAAUCCAACAGCAGCUUCAUCCAAUCCAACAGGAGCAGGAGUCGCUGUUACCAAUACUGUGAUCUCAACUGGAAUUAGUGGCACUGGUCAUCAUAAUCAUAUCCAUCAGCAGCAGCAGCAGCAGCAGCAGCAACAGCAGCAGCAACAACCACAUCAUUCGAAUCCGAAUCCACAUCCGCAUCCCCAUCAUCAACAACACCAUCACCAACAACAACAACAACAACAGCACCAUCAACAACAACAACACCAACAAUUGGCCAACAAUAUGAGCAUGCUAAAUGUUAAGGGCAGCGCUGGCGGACGUUACUUGUGGACCGAUCGGGAGCUACUAAUGCAUCUCCAAAAUUAUACUCCAUUGAUUUUACUUAUCGAUUUUGUGGAGAAAACUCGUACCAAACGUUUCUACGAAAGCUCCGAACGCUAUGAGAUUCUCAUGUUGGUUUUCAUUAUGCGCAAGGGUGCGCCAUUCUGUGAGAAUAAACGCUUCCCGGCCGAAUAUUGGGUAAAUCUUUCAGUGGGACCCAUUGCCGAGGCAUUUGAUCGGCUGCAGGCCGCAAUUGAUAUACCCGAUCCACAGUUACCCAUCCAUAUGAGCGUCACGGAUCUAACUAGCUGGAAGCAAAUGUUCGAUGUGGCCAUGGUCGAUAUAAGACGUUAUGCCUACUACACGGAUCCCUUGCAAUUGGCCGAUGCAGGUGUCUACAAUCGUAUCACAUUCGAGCAGAGAUUCGGCAUGCAAUGGCAGGACUAAACCCGAUGAAAAGGACACAAAAACCACAACAAAAAGGCUAUCUCUCCUUACAACUACAUAUGUAUGAAUAUGUAUGUGCCAACUAAACUGGACUAACUAAUAGAUUUCCCUACAAAAAAAAUGUUAUCAUUGUUCAUAAAUGUUCAGUGGAUUGAUUGUAGUUUGCACAAAAACACACACAUGUCACCAGACCAGAGUUCAAAUUGUUUGUUACACUUAGGGAAAAAUGUUUAGAAGUACCUAUUUAUAUACAUACAUAGAUAUUAACUGUGCCUUCUUCCACCCACUACUAAUUUAUGAUUUAUCUAUCUCCCCCCCUUCUGUCUGUUCUGUCUCUAUUAACAAAUACAUAUUGCUUUAAUCGAAAUAAAUGUUAUAAAACCAUUAGAAAUUUAA